AUGGAGGCCUGCCCUACUAGUAGUACAUGGAGGGAAAAACAAGCAUUGCACCCUCCUAUGGCUGGUCAAGGGAGAGGUGGGGGAACGAGACUUGCUAGAGUUGAUGCUGCAGGGGGGGUCAAGGUCGUAGACGGGUCCAUCCUAGACGGUGAACCCGACACAUUUCGAAGAAAACAUAGGGUGAAAGGUAUCUCGCACGGGAAGAAGCUGAGCCUUAAAAACUUGACAUUUCCUAUGAUGGGGGAACAAAACGAGUGGUUUUGGUCAGAAAUGAAUAUGUCCGGUCUUACUCCCCUUCUGACUAGUGGGUACGAGAACAUUUCUCACGGGUUUGUUUGUGCAAUGAGAGAGAGAUGGCAUGAGGAGACCAGCAACUUCCAUCUACCGGUUGGGGAGAUGACCAUCACACUAGAUGAUGUGGCGUGUCUCCUAGGCAUCCCCAUCAUUGGGAGACUCCUUUCGGAUAAAGAGUUAACCCGUGAGGAGGCGCUAGAGAUGAUGCAGACAAACCUACUUUUUACAGCGGAGGCUGCCGGUAAGGAGCUGACAAGACAGGGUGCUUCUCACAUCAGUUUUGGUGCAUUGAAGACGCGGUACGAGGAGAUCUUGAAUAGGUGUAACCAGCUGCUUGUGCCAGACACAGAGGAGGAGCAAGAGGAGCAAGCUCGAGUUAGGCUGGCCUGCAUUAAGGCGUUUAUGUUGCUCUUGAUUGGCUGGACCAUUUUUUCCGGCAAGAACAGCAAAAACAUUAAUCUUUUUUGGCUACUUGCGCUGCAAGAUAUGGACGAGUUGGACAGCUGGUCAUGGGGUGGGAUGAGACUUGCUUUCCUAUAUGAGCAGCUAUCUCUUACCUUCGACUCAUAUGUGGCCUCCUGUGGUGGUUACAUGACAUUGCUUGUGAUAAUAUUUGUUUUUCUUCUUUUUUACUUAUUGGAUCGUAAAUGUUUAGUUGUUUGUAUAAUUCUUGCGGUGAUAUAA